UCACGGCCCGCUUACCUUUUGACUUUUGGGGACCUCCCGGCUUUCCCACGCUUUGCCGGAAGUCCUCGCAACAUUUCCGGCAGGGCAUUUCUGGAUCGGAGUCCUUCGUAGAUUGUCGUCUGGAUAUUUUCAGCUAAGUGGGCGGCCCAGCCAGGAUGCGGAGCGGGUUUCUGAGCGGUGCCCGGCGCCUGUGGGCCCGCCGCGCCUUCAGCCGCACGCCGCCGCCUUCCGAGGAGCUUCUCGCCCGCGGCGGGCCCCUGCGGGCCUUCCUGGAGCGCCGAGUGAGCUCGGAGGCCGGAGGUCUGGACGCUGGGAACCCCCAGCUGGCCGCGGCCGCCCGACUGCUGAGCGAGAAGGAGCGGGAGCUGCGGGACACGGAGUCAUUGCUGCACGAUGAGAAUGAAGAUUUAAAGAAACUUGCAGCGAGUGAAAUAGCUUUGUGUCAAAAAGAAAUAACUGAACUGAAGCACCAGAUCAUAUCACUGUUGGUUCCUUCCGAAGAAAUGGAUGGAAGUGACUUGAUCCUGGAGGUGACUGCGGGUGUGGGUGGUCAGGAAGCCAUGCUUUUCACUUCUGAGAUGUUUGACAUGUACCAGCAGUAUGCUGCAUUUAAAAGAUGGCAUUUUGAAACACUGGAAUAUUUCCCAAGUGAACUAGGUGGCCUUAGACAUGCCUCCGCCAGCAUUGGAGGUCCAGAAGCCUAUAGACACAUGAAGUUUGAAGGAGGAGUGCACCGAGUCCAGAGAGUGCCAAAGACAGAGAAGCAAAGCCGCAUCCACACUAGCACCAUGACAGUGGCAAUUCUGCCCCAACCUACUGAGAUUAAGCUGGUGAUCAAUCCUAAAGAUUUGAGAAUCGAUACUAAAAGAGCAAGUGGGGCUGGAGGUCAGCAUGUAAAUACCACAGACAGUGCUGUUCGGAUAGUUCAUCUGCCUACAGGUAUUAUUUCUGAAUGCCAGCAAGAGAGAUCUCAGCUGAAGAACAGGGAGCUGGCUAUGAAAAAGUUACGUGCAAGGUUAUAUAGCAUGCAUCUGGAGGAAGAAACUACAAAAAGAUACAACGCUCGAAAGAUCCAGGUUGGAACUAAAGGAAGAUCAGAGAAAAUAAGAACAUACAACUUUCCACAGAACAGGGUCACAGAUCACAGAAUAAACAAAUCACUACAUGACCUUGAGAGCUUUAUGCAAGGAGACUGUCUUCUGGAUGACAUGAUACAGUCACUGAAGGACUAUUCGGAUUAUGAAUCUCUAGUAGAAAUGAUUUCCAGAAAAGACUAAGCUUCUUUGUAAAGAUAUAUUUUUAUGUAGACUAGGAAAAUUCUAGUGCAAAUCCAUUGUGUGCAAAUACUUAACCAGUGUUCUCUUGAAAUGUAAGUUAACAGUUUCUUGGACAAUUCUCUAUAAAAAAAAAAAAAUUAAACACAAAGGAAGACAGUUGUUUUUAUGCAAAAUAUUUAAUCAGAAAUUUCAAAUAUAAAGUAGAUAUGUUCAUGUUAAUAUGAUGGAAGGAAACAGAAGCUGACAGCGGAAUUAAGAAGAAGCGAUACAGUCCAGCACAUUAGGGCUGAUAAGACUGAGAACAGCCUACACAGAGUUCUAUUCUAGUGAAAGGACACACUUACAAGGUGCUCCCUCCCUAGAAUGGAGUCAGGCAUGUUGUAAGGAUAGCCCUCUUAAUGAUGGAAAUGUUCCUGGGUUACCCAGCAGCUGGUAACUUGGGCCUUGCAAACAGAACCUCAAGUCCAUGGGACCUGGUAAACCAAGUCUCCUAUCAAGGUGUGAGCUUUACUGAAUAGUAAGCAUUAGUGGGCUUCUAUAUCAGUUCCCCAGAAAAACAGAACCAAUAGGAUGUAUCUACACAAAUUCACCAUAAGGAUGGUCCCACACAGAGAAUGUGUGUCCAAGUCUACAGUGUGAAGCAGCUGGCUGGAGACCAAGAAGAGUUAAUGCUUCACUCUACUUGGGAGUUUGCUAGGGAAAUUGCUUUUGGUUGGAAGAGGUUGGAUUUUCUCUACUCAGGCCUUUAGCCAGUUGGAUAAAACAUGUUAGCAUGACUGAUAUUUCACUGAUUUAAAUGCCAGUGAAACCUCCAAACCUUGAGGAGACCCAAAAUAAUGUUACCAAAUAUUAGGGUUCUCUAGAGUCACAGAACUUAUGGAAUGAAUCUCCCCCCAGAUGGUAGAUACCCUACCCACCCCUGCCUCUACAAAUGUAAAUGAGUUCAUUGGAAUGAUUUAACAGUCUAGAGUCUAAGGAAUCCAGCAAUGGCUAUGUGAAUGGAAAGAAUCUAGUAGUUGAUCAGUCCCACAAGGCUUGGUGCCUCAGCUGGUCUUUGGUAUAUGUGGGAAUCUGAAGAAGUAGGUUUCAAUGCCAGUGGAGGAAUGGAUGUAAUAGCCAGGCAAGGGCAAGCAGGCAAAGAACCAAACUUCCUUUCAUCCAUUGUCCUUACAUAGGCUUCUAGGGGAAGGUGUGGCCCCAGAUUAGAGGUGUCUUCCUAGCUCCACAUCUGGACCAAAGGCAUGUGUGGGCUGGUGAGAUGGCUCAGUGGGUAAGA